AUGCCACGCUCCUUUUUGGUGAAGCAGCCGAAGGUUCAUGACUUCUCCUCUUCCGGCUACUACCAUCAUCAGCAGCAGUGGGACGACUCGUACAGUGUGACACAUGCCAUCACUGAGUCGGCCACCAAUUUGGCAGUGCGUCUGAGCGAAAAUGGCUACAUCCACGACUACAUCAUUCCCUCAGUGUUGUCCAGCACAAAAGAGUCAGCCCAUGUGCAGACCGGGCUCUCCACGGGUUCCUUGUACUCCCCGGGUGGCAGCGCCGGUGAAGAGUUCUCGGACCAUGACAUGGAGCAUCCGGACAGCCCUGUCUCCAGCAGCACAGCAGAGUCAGACGGCAGCAGCCAUGAGUUAGAGUCCUGCAGCAUCAAAGCCUUCCUCGUGUCGGACGGACGCUCCCGCCGACGCUCCAACAAGAGGUGCCCCUGGAAAGCCGGCAGUCAAUCAGACAGCGGCGAGGACGUGGAGUCUGCAGACUGCAGCCCCGCCAAAGUGAAAUCCAAAGGGCGCCACGUAUGCGGCGAGUGCGGCAAAUCUUACGCCACAUCGUCCAACCUGAGCAGACACAAGCAGACUCACCGCAGCCUGGACAGCCAGCAGGCCCGCAAGUGUCCCACCUGCCACAAAGUGUACGUGUCCAUGCCGGCGCUGGCCAUGCACAUGCUGACCCACGACCUGAAGCACGAGUGUACGGUGUGUGGGAAGGCGUUCAGUCGGCCCUGGCUCCUGCAGGGCCACAUGAGGUCCCACACCGGGGAAAAACCGUUCGCCUGCGCCCACUGUGGGAAAGCCUUCGCCGACCGCUCCAACCUGCGCGCCCACAUGCAGACGCACUCGGCCUUCAAGCACUACUCCUGCAAACGCUGCCACAAAAGCUUCGCCCUCAAGUCCUACCUGAACAAGCACUACGAGUCGGCCUGCUUCAAGGGCCUCCAAGUGGAGGACGACUGCAGCUCUGAGGACUGA